AUGAAAGAAGUUGGAGAAGGCUUGCAAGAGCAGAUGAACAGUAUGAUGGGUGCUCUGCAGGAACUGAAGCUUCUCCAAGUUCAAGCAGCCUUACAGCAGCUGGAAAUUUCAGGAGAACAAAAUUACAUCUACAACGUGGAACAGAGUCAGCAUUGCCAAAAUGAAUGGGAGACUUCUGAGGUCAGGCAUUGGUCCAGCCAACAGGCUGAAAAAUCAAUAGCAGGUGGGAGAAGUCUAGACAACAGCUCUUUGGAAACCAGCCGAGGGUCUUCUGCUUCAAGCUCAUUCCACUCUUUCUCUGUACAUGGCACAACGCAAGGGCAUCAGGUGUCAUCUAAACAAAAGGAGACUGACACAAGGCACACAUAUUCCUCUUCCAUCUUGCCUGCAGCAGAGACUUGGAAAACCUGCGAAGACUAUGAACCACGACUUACUGAAGACCAUAAGGGCCAGCAUUUGACAGAUGGUACAAAUAUUCAACAUGAUUACAAAAAAUGCAUAGAUGAACCAUUUUCUGAAGAGGCAAAAGACUGGACAUCAUCUCUCAUGUCACAAAGCCGAAACAGGCAGCCCCUUGUUUUGGGAGACAAUAUUUUUGCUGAUCUUGUUGGAAAUUGGUUAGAUUUGCCAGAGCUCGAAAGAAAGUGUGAUAGGAAUGUCAAAUUGGUGAGUUCUAGCAAGUCUCAAGACAUCUAUAAAAAAAUAUCCUUAACAACCAACUUUUUUAAGAAGUUCCUGAGAAGUGUUCGGCCAGAUAGAGACAAACUUUUAAAGGAAAAGCCUGGCUGGCUCCAGGCAGAAGAACAAACUAUUCAAAUAUCUAAGAGACAUAAAAUUUCAAGCAAACAAAAAGGCAUAUUUUAUUUUCCAUCUCAGAGUGACACGAAAGGUUCUCAUGGCAGAUAUGAAAAAACUGGCAAAAACAAUGUUAAAGGAAUUGGCAACCUUGCCAAAAAUGGUCAGAAGGAACCUGAUUGUGUAAACUCGGGGUUUGACAUGAAUACAGUUGUUUGGGUUUAAAAAGAAUGAAAGGAACUAGAAUUUCAGAAUCUGGGCAAAGAUUUGUUACAUUACGUAAGAUGUUAUAUGCACUGAUGGUUUAUUUAAUUCAGCAGAGCUGAAUAAUAAAAUAGGCUGGACAUUUUCCCGUUACGGUUACGGAAAUAUUGUAAUUAAAUUGUGGACUCCUACCAAACAUGGAAAACGUGUUUCUGGAAGAGAACAAAAAUGAAAGUUCAAUUUAUAGAUAAUGUGCUGAGCAGGCUUUCAGCACUAGAAAUACAUAGUUUCCUUUGAUAAUAUUAAACGCAUACAAGGUCAGCAGGUUGCUCAGGAAAGCAUUAUGUACUAUAGCAGGUUUGCCUACUUUCGGAUGUAAAACAUAAAUCCUAACUAGCAACUGAGUUUGCUUUCUAGGUAAUUCACAGUUAAUUAUUAUUUACCUCAAGUUAUAUUAAAAACCCAAUAAGAGACCCAUCGAGAAAUUGUUUUCUCUCUCCUGCCUUCAAGGACUGACCUACAAAGUGUUAAUACAGAAAAGAAAAUAAUGUCUCGUCUGUCUGUGUGAUUCUCCUAGACAAUAAGUCUCAAUGUUUUAAAUGAAAAUUAAACAAUUAGUUAUUUUCAUUAGAUGAGACUAGCAGGAAAGUAAUACACUCACUUUUCUAGUUACCAGCUUCCAAAAAAGAUUGAACUGAUUAUUGAUUGACUACUCUAAGGGGUUUCCUGCUUUUUGUUCCUGUUAUGUCAUACAUUCUUCCUUUACGUAACUGGAAACUCUCAAGACAAUGAAUGCCACAUGCACAAAAACUGAAAGAAUUAACAAUAGCAAAUGGCAUAAUGAAUAACCUGCAAUGAAGACAAAGCACACGGGACAAAAAAAAAAAUACAACUGGUAAAAUUAAUAAAAGGCUAUUGUGUUGUCAACAAAUCUAGUUACAUGCUGGACAUGAAGAACCAAGACUGGGUUUUUUUUGUAAUGUGCUCCCCUUGGAAGCAGUUUUGAGUGAUUACAUCCAUGAACUGACUUAGUUUUGUUCACGUAAUUCUGCUCUGGGACACACAAUAACGUAUAUUAUUGUAUUUGUACAUUUUGUAUAUAUGCAAACCUUAAACACUGAAAUAACCUGCAACGUUGUAAGUAAAUGUUAACUUUGACAAAAGGUGAAUGACACUUAGGUUUCUCCUCACUUAAAGCAAUCAGUUAUUUUCUCGUUUACAGAUCACGCCAUAUAAAGCAUAUGUUUACCUAGGGCAACAGUGAAGUGAGUAUAUCAUUCUCAGGAACCUCAGGAUAGAAAAUGCCUGUUGGCUGUUGAGGCCACAAGACUACACUUCCUUAAUUUAAAUUGAGUUGUGUAUAGUGAUGUCAUGACAGCAGUGCCAUCCAGGCAAAGUGGAGAUACUGCGUACAAGCAGCGGGUCCUUGUGGCACAACCCAGCUAUAGUGCCAAGCUACU